AUGCAAACUUUGAACAAGCUCCAUAAUUACUACGAGAGCAAUUUUAAGAAAAUAAAAAAACAAAACAUCAAAAAGUUUGGGAAGCUACAAGACAAGAUGACUGACAAUGUAGAACAAAAAGUUGGAAACAGAAUUUAUAAUUUCACUGAUACAGUUUUACCAUCAGAAGUCCAGAAGAUCUUAGAGUUAGACUUUAACUAUGGACUACCAACAACGAAUAUCAAUCAACCGGUCGUUACAAUUAUUAAGGAUCUGGAGGGAUGUAUCGACAAAGUGAAAGAUGACGAGUUAUCCAACGAGGGUUUGACGGAAGUGAGAAAUAAUCUGAGAGCAAGAGGUGUAAAUAUUGUGACAAAUCACAUUAAAUAUCAGCGUAGAAGCAACAGCAAUCACAAGAAAAACUUCAACCUAGUUAAAAAUAUCAAAGUCACAAGAAAUUUCUUUAAACAACAUGAAGAUCUCUUAGUAAUGCGCUCAGAUAAAGGUAAUUCAACAGUGGUCAUGUACAAAGAAGAAUACCUCACAGAAAUGAAUAAGUUGGUUGGCGACCGUAAAACAUAUGAAAAGAUCAAAAGAGAUCCUACGUCAAAGCUACAAAACAUAAGCAACCGCUUAAUAAAGAAGCUUGUAGAUAUUGGUAUCCUUGACAACAUCCAAGGUAGGCUAAUGCGAACUUACAGUGCAUUGGCACCAAGAAUCUAUGGCUCAAGGAAAACCCACAAACCUGGGUGUAAACUUAGACCAGUGGUCAGUAGCAUAGGAUCACCAGGUUAUGAGAUCGCCAAUUUUGUUCACAAGAGUCUGCUACCGUUCGUAAUGAGUCUGAAAUAUAAUGUGACAGACUCAUUUCAUUUUUUAGACCAAAUCAAACUGAAAAAGGUAAACGAAGACCAUGUUUUAAUAUCACUGGACGUAGUAUCUCUUUUUACCAAUGUUCAUAACAGUUUAAUAAGGAAAAUCAUCAUUGAGCGGUGGGAUGAAAUCCAGAAAUUUGUGCAAUUGGACCAGACUACUCUACUAGAGCUUAUUGAUUUUUGUUACGACUCGGGAUAUUUCGUGUUUGAUGGCAAUUUUUACCUUCAGAAGGAAGGAUGUGCUAUGGGGAGUCCAGCAAGUCCUUCAAUUGCCAUCAUUGCAGUAGAUUAUGUUGUUUCAAUGGCGUUGACUCACCUUGACUUUGAAAUUCCGAUUAUUAAGUCGUAUGUUGAUGAUCUCUUCGCAGUAGUUCCAAAGGAUAAAGUAGACAGCAUCUUAGAUGUGUUUAAUAGUGUUGACAAGGACAUCCAGUUUACCUUGGAAGUUGAGAAUAACGGGAAGUUGCCUUUUUUGGACAUACUAAUAGAAAGAUCAGAAGAUGGUGAUCUUAUAACUUCUUGGUUCAAGAAACCGUACAGCUCAGGAAGAAUUUUGAAUUUUAAUUCCAAUCAUCCAUUGAGCCAGAAAUUGGGGGUUGCAAAAGGGUUUUUGAACAGAGCCAUGCGCUUGAGUCAUGUGAACAAGACCAAGGAAAGUAUUCGCAUGGUUAGAAGAUUACUGUCAUCUAACAAUUAUCCAAACAAGGUCAUCAGCAAGUGUGAGAAAAUUGUGUCCGAGAGGAUUAAAAACAACAUCAGGAGCAACAAUGUCAACAGGAAUUGGUCGUUUAGCAGAUUUCCCUACAUAAAAGGCUUGUCACCAAGACUGGGAUCUUUAUUCAGGCACACCAACUGCAAGUUGGUAUUCUAUAAUGUAUUCAAGGUUAAGGAUCUAUUUUCCCGGCUAAAAGACAAAGUGGAGAAAGAAGAUAGAUCUGGCCUAGUAUACAGGAUUCCGUGCUCGUGUGGGAAAUGGUACGUUGGACAGACCAGGCAAAAAUUAAAAGCCAGAGUGAGACAACACAAACUUGACUGCAGACCUGAGAAGUCCAUAAAAAACAACAAAACAGCAUUAGCGGAACAUCACUUUGUUGAAGAUGGUCAUAACUUUCAGUUCGAUGAUGUGGAGAUUUUAGAUCUGGAGAAAAAUUACAUGAAGAGAAACCUAAGUGAAAUGAUUUUUAUUAAGGCGAUGAAUUGUGUCAAUUUUAGAUCCGACACGCAAAAUCUCAGUACAAUUUACAGUGACCUGAUAAAUGAUGUUAAGGAUUUAGUGAAGUCAUAG